AUCACGCGUUCAAGUGAGGUGUGCGUUUAUUUGUUUCGCGCCUAGUUGAUGUAAUUUUUCUAACUGCGCAAAUAGCAGAAUGCCGGGAAAGGGAAAUAAGGAACGGAUUAAAGUAAAAUGGAACCAACAUUCGUUAAACAAGGCGUUUAAGUUAGUUGAAGAAGGUAAAUCGAUAAGAGAAGCUGCUCGAUCUACUGGUAUGCCGUUUUCAACUCUCCAGGAAGGAAUUAAAAAUAAGAAUAGUAAUACUCCGCAGCUAGGAAGAAAUACAGUAUUUACUAAAGAUCAAGAGGAAGACAUGGCUGCUCAAGUUAAAUUUCUAGCAAAUAUAUUUUAUGGGUGUACCUCACUUCAAAUUCGAAAGAUGGCUUAUGAAUACGCUGUACAAAAUAACAUCAAGCAUAAUUUUAGUACUACUCAUGAAAUGGCUGGAAAGGACUGGCUUAAAGGCUUUAUGAGAAGGAAUAAUUUGUCUGUGCGGAAAGCUAAAGGAACAAGUCUGAAUAAAGCCACUGCUUUUAACAGAGAAGAAGUUACAUUGUUUUUUGAUUCAUCAUCACUGUUGAGUCAAGAUAAGGAAUUUAAUGCGACACCCAGUAGAAUACUGCAAGUACAUAACUUUGAACCCAUACCAUCUACAUCAGGUGUAAAACAUGUCACCGCAAAAGAUCUGCUUCCGAUUUCAAGAAAUAAUCCAGUAAAGACAAACACACGUGUUUCACGAAAACAACAUGCAAUAAUAAUAACAGGCACUCCAAACAAGGAAGCAUUAGUGCAAAAAGAAACGAAGAAAAUGAUGAGAACCAAUAAGAAUGUGGCUGGAGCUAAAACAGGAAUGACGAAGAAAAGAAAAUCUAAAGUUGCAGAUAUAAAGAAAGUAAAGAAAAGAGUAUUUCAAGAUACUGUCAGCAGCGACACAUCGGACUCCGAUACUGACAUGACAGACUUACGACCAGAUGAUGACACAGAUAUUGAAGAAGAACUGGAAAAUAAAUGUGUUAUUUGUGAUGAUUAUGAACGAGAUAACGAAUUAUGGUACAGAUGCGUGCUAUGUGGUCUAUGGGCCCAUGCUGAAUGCUCGGGUUAUGAGUCUGCUGAGGGCUACAUGUGCGAUUUGUGCCACGCUCGUACCUGAUCGGU